AUGCUCGGGGCCUUUACGAAUGAGUUGGACAAGAUAGCACCGAAGUUUGAAAUAGACGGGUCAAAGAUAAAGAUCUUGCGCACGCCAUCUGAGUUCUACGAAACAUUGAAGACCAAGAUACUUGCUGCAGAGGAUCGAAUAUUUUUGUCUACGCUGUACAUAGGAAAAACUGAACAUGAACUCAUUACUACUAUUCAGCAAGCGCUCAGAGCCAAACCCAAUUUAAAAUUGAGUAUCUUAACAGAUGCUUUGAGAGGGACGAGAGAAUCUCCAGAGGCAUCAUGUGCCUCAUUACUUGCGCCUUUGGUCACCGAGUUCGGGGCGGAGAGGAUUGAAAUACGGAUGUAUCAUACUCCUAACUUGACGGGAUUGAGGAAAAAGUACAUCCCAAAGAGGUUCAAUGAGGGAUGGGGCUUGCAACAUAUGAAACUCUAUGGAGUGGAUGAUGAAUUAAUAAUCUCUGGGGCAAACCUGUCAAAUGACUACUUUACCAAUCGACAGGACCGGUAUCACGUAUUUUCAUCAAAAGAAAUAACCGGAUACUUUUCAGAAGUACAUAACACAAUAUCCCGGCUAAGCUUCCUCGUCACCCCUUCUCAACAAGAGCCAGCAGGUUAUACCCUCGAUUGGCCAACCGCAAAUCUAGCCCCAUCACCCCUAGAAGAUGCCUCCAAAUACAAGGCUCUUUCGACCUCAAUCCUCAGCCAUAUAAUCCUUCCCUCCGCCACUUCCGCCACCACAACCCCCUCAAAAAACACCACAAUCUACCUCCUAACCCAGUUCACCCAACUCCUCAAACCCGACACCUCAACCGAGCUCCCCCUGAUCACAACCCUUCUCUCUACCCUCUCCGCCCCCCUUUACAGAUCAUCAUCCUGGACCUUCACAGCCGGCUACUUCAACCCAGACCCCACGCUUCAAACCCUCCUCCUCUCCACCACCUCCCAAAACAAUACCAUCAUAACCGCCUCCCCAGAAGCAAACGGCUUCUUCAACUCCCCCGGGAUAUCAGGCCUCCUCCCAUCCGCCUACACGCUCCUCUCGCGGCGUUUCCUCACUCUCUCCAACGCCCGACCCUCCCCCUCCAUAACCCUCAAAGAGUGGCGGCGCGGCACGGUCAACCUGCCCGGGGGCUGGACGUACCACGCGAAAGGCCUGUGGAUAAGUCUGAAUGGGGAGAAAGCGCCGAGUAUAAGUAUAGUGGGGAGCAGCAACUAUACGAAGAGGAGUUAUGGGUUAGAUCUUGAGGUGGGCGCGUGUAUUGUGACGAGUGAUGAGGGGUUGAAGGGACGGUUGGCGGAGGAGAGGGAUGGGUUGCAGGAGUUUGCGAGGGUGGUUGGGGAGGAGGAGUUUUUGAGGACGGAGAGGCGGGUGGGGUUGCAUGUUAGGGUUGCGAUGUGGAUUGUUAAGGUUGUUGGGGGGGCUUUGUAG